AUGACGAACCUUGCUAAUAAUGACACUUUCUCGGAAGUUACUAAGAAGGAUCUUGAAUGGUCUUUGCCACCAGGUUCUUCCACAGAAACUCAAACAUUCUAUUUGGCUACCAACGAGGGACAUUUUGCUUUUGUCCAAAUGAUUCAUUCGAAUAUUGGUGUAUGGAAACCUACAAUCCAAUUUACCACUCGUUUCUAUGGCGGUGGAAUGAAUACCUUUAAGUCUGUCAAUAUGUCCCAUUUCAAACUUUCAGGGGACCGCCUAUCAGCUGAAGCCGAUAAUAUGUCAAUUAAACUCAAUCCAGAGUGUAAUAAAUAUAAAGUAACUUUAAAACAUGAUAAAGAUUUAUCUAUUGAUUUUGAAUUUGAACGAGUCGAUCGUGGGUUCAGAAAGAAAAACGGCGGCAAAACUUAUUUUGGUAAAAAAGAAUCUGAAUAUGUUGAACAUAAAUUUUGGCCAAAGGGAAUUGUUAAAGGAAAGAUAAUGGUUGAUGGAAAUGAGUUCGAUCUCUCUGGAGUUGGAUUAUUUGUGCACGCUAUUCAAGGAAUGCGUCCACACUUAAUCGCUUCGAGUUGGAAUUUCGUUAAUUUUCAAUCCACUGAUGUUUCUCUUUCAAUGUGCGAAUUUAAGACGACUCCACAUUACGGAAGCAAAAAGUCUAAUCAGGGAGGUUUAGUUAUAAAUAACAAGCUGGUGGGAGUUUCCGUUGACAAUGUAGCAGAAUUCUUGGAAACGAAUUUAGAUCCCAAAACAAAAUAUCACAUUCCCUCAAAGAUCAGAUAUACUUGGAAAGGUAAAACCCUGGAGGAAAAUGAAGAUUUCUCAGCUUCUAUAGAGAUUAAAAUUGGCACUCCUAUAGAUAUAAUUGAUGUUUUGAAUGAGAUUCCAUAUGUUUUGAAGAAAAUUGUGCAAGCCUUCGUCGCGAAACCUUUUGUUUAUCAAUGGUUUAAUGAAGCCGACGCGCAUAUCAAAAUCGGUGAUAAAGAAGAAUUAGUCGCUCGAGGGACAUUGUUUAGCGAAUACAAAGCUAUUGGUAUAAUAAGGUAG